AGUACAGCAAUGACCAACCCAAUCUCUGAGAAAACGUCGAAAACGUAUUAUAGGAAACAUACAAAAUGGUUAUUUUACGUUUGUUGUCUACAAUCGCAAUACUUCUAACAUAUGUCGUAUCUAUAAGAACGGAUCCAAUGCCCAUUGUAAAUGAACGGUACAAUGGAGUCUAUAAAAGUUUGCAGACAAAAGGCAGUGUUGGAAAACGUAUAGCAAGGUUUGUAACAAACAUAAAUAAAGAUAGACCAGUAUUCCAUGUAGUAGAAUUAGAUCUGUAUCGAGGUGAAAGCAUAACAAUUACAUGCCCCAAUAGAGAAGAUACCUUAGAUGGCUUUUUUCCUGCAGAUCCUAGAGCAUAUUAUAUAUCACCUCCAAUUGCGGCUUCAUUUUUGGGUGUCAUGACAUUUUCAAAGAAAGACUUGAAUAACGAUUUAAUGGUGUUCUCAAAUGACAAGUUGGGUUAUUUAGAUGAUGUUUCCGACGCCUUGAUGCAAAUUCCUUAUGGUAAGAAAUCCAGACGUAUAUCAUUCUUAUGGAAUGGAUCAAAGGUUAAGAUUCCAUCUACUUUACAUUAUAUUUGCUUGAAAGAGUCCAAGAUACCAGAACGUUAUGGCCCAGUAGCAUUGAUAGCCAUUAGAGUCAUUCCGGAAAAACCACUCAUUCAAGAUGCUCUUAUCGAUAUCAACAAUCUAGUAUAUGCACCAAGCAACCAUGAUGUUAUAUACACGAAGGAAUUCUCGGCAAUAGAUAAACUUACUGUACAAUGUACAACAAAGGAUGCAAAAGAAGUAUUUGAUAAAUGGAAACCAUCAGAUAUUGAAAUGCUGAGUCAUAAUAUGUUGAGUAAAAAGGUUGAUGAUACCAAUGUCUUGAAUCCAGAUUGGGCAGAAUCUAUUUCAAUGAUUAAUGCGAAUAUCACACUAGAUGAUAUUGAUCACGGUAUAUUGGGAAUUGAAAGCCUAAGUCUCUCUUCCAUGGUAUAUAUCUUGCGAGAUCAGUUCUAUCUUACGUGUACGUCAGGUUACCGUAAUUCAGAUAGGGUUUUCCAUCUGGUCCCUAACACGGUGACUACGAUAGAAAAUAUUAGGCCAACUAUUAAAAGGAAUCCUAUAGAAGAGAGCCCGGAUGGGUACAACGAUAUUCAGCAUUAUCAAUAUAGAGUUGCCCAUGCAAGAGCGGUGGCGAUAUUUUGCCCUAUGGAAACCCACAUGCUACAGCCCAUCGCACUACUGACGAAAGCUAAAAAGAGGUUCUUUAGAGAAGUUAAUUUAAACUUCCCGAGCACUCGAAUAUCUACCAGGGGCGAUUCCUUAUUUGUUGUUGAUUUUUCUAACAGUUCAGCAAUUGAUGAUGUAAAGUUACAAAUAAGCUGCCAAAGUAAAACACCGGAAUACACUUCAUAUAUGUUUACGUUAAAUAAUAAAAUGGCAUGUAUAUUUGGAGAUGAUAUUCAAUUCUGGAGGCCAUGUAAAGUGGUGCUCUUCCCAUCGGAUCAACUCAUUAUAAAAUGUCCUAGAAAAACAGAAAAGGAAUCAUUGCCACUUAAGCCAGACGACGUAAGAGAUGCAUAUAUUCGGGUCAACGAUAAAUUUGUCUUAGAUAGACAUGCAGCAAUAAAGAGAACUGUGGAUACGCACGCUAAUGAAGAGAUACAUAAAAUUACAUUCAAAGGUCAUGAUAAUCGUGCACUGAUCAGAGACGAAAUACAGUACGAAUGUGGUGAACAUGAACGUACAGAUUUUAGCACAACCGAAAAUCGUCCCAUAAUAAUUAUUAAAUUGGUGGGCAAAUUUGAAGAAACCGAUUUAUCGGGAACUUUAUUAAUCCCAUUUAAUGAUAUGUUGAAACCCAUAGAUGGUCCAAGACUCUUUCACACUUUCCUAGGAGGAGGUAUGAAUCAAAAAAUAAAUUGUUCAGAUUUUUUUAUUGAUAAACCAGAAGCAUUUCUAUACCCAAACAACAGAUGGGAAGCGUUUGAUGACAUACCUCCGUUCUUUUCAGGUAUGCUCAUAGACAGAAUAGCUGGGAAGAAAGUACACUCCAACAGGGCCAUAUAUGGUCUCACCAUUGAAAAGUAUCCCGAAGAAAAGCCUUCUCACGUAACCAUGACAUUGAGCAAUGACUACCGUAUGUCAUCAAGAAGCGACAAUGCUUUUUACUUUAUCUGCGCUCGUGGUCCUUUGUGGGAUGAUAUGCAUAGCGACGUAGCAGUUAUACAAGUUUACAUUGAAGGCAACGCCAACCGAAACUAUGGUGUAGGGGUACAAAGUGGGCUGUUCCGCGUAAAUUAUAAGUAUGGGAAAGGAGAAUAUAAUGAUGCCACUUUCCGCAUUUCGGACCACGAGGUACUAGCUAUGCAUUGCCCGAAGGCAGCAACCGACAAAAAUUUACCGGAAUGUAAAAUAGUUGAACCGAAAACAUUUGUUCAAAACCCAAACGAAGAUGGCCUUACUGCGCUCGACGAAACGAUUAGGCGUGGGAUGGUAGAAUAUCGUAAUAAUUAUGGUAUCCAAUCUCUGUGGUAUAUAUACACAGAAAUUCUGAAAAGUGCAUCAAAAUACUACCCUAUAGAAGUUGAAUGUUACUGCCGUAGCGAGGAUAAUGUAAUACUGGCUGUAAUGCAUCUCGCAUCAACGGCAAAGGCCAUCAUUUCUAAAAUAAUGAUCUCCUGUAUUAGUAUCAUUAUAACAACUAUUGUUCUAAUAUAAUACAACUCUAACAAAUACCAAAGCAACACGCGUUAAAAGGUGCUUUUAACCGACAA